AUAAUUACUCUUCUUCAACAAAUUCUUAAAAUAACGUUACCAUAGAACACUCAACCAACUGUGUACAAUUCCGGAUGAGAUAAGCGACAAAUAUGGGACUUUUAAAUGGGAGUUUGGCGUGACGCUCUCUCCGUAGAGAGGCAGACGUAUCGGGUACCCCCACUGAGCAGGCUGCCUGGAGCCUGUACGGAGGGGAGGGGGACACCGACUCUGCCCCUCCAAAUAUACACAUAAAAUACAGAGCUAAGUAUGACUGUUGGUGUGUUUUCACGUAACGCUAUUGUUGACCAAUGCAUAUCAGAAGCUUGCUGGCCAACGCGCAGGAAGGAAGUACCGACGACAGAAUUGAGGUCAACUUGAAAAUUAACGGUAUCCGUCCGGCUCCAGUGUGGGAUGUGCCAUGUACAGUAGCUGGAGAUGAGAAUGAAACCAAGUCGCAACUUCUUCGUGGGCCUGUGCUCCAUGCUGGCCCUCGGCUUCCUUUACUACUCUUCAGGGAGGAUCAGCUUACGAGGCUGGGGCCACAAAUCAUACACAGAUGUGGAUAGCAUAUUCUCCGUGGGACGAAUAGUAAAAUCAGUGUAUGACAAGCAAGGAUUCCUUCUGAAGCUAGAUGCUAGUCUGCCUUUGGAGCUGGUGUACAAGUACGGCAAUCUCAGCGAAGGGGCUUGUAAACCUGGAUAUGCAGCUGCCAAGAUGACUGCCAUUUAUCCAAAGUUCACCAAACUGGCGCCUAUGUUCCUUGAUCCAAAUUACAAACGAUUCCUCAAGAUUGGUGAUUAUUCACCUCCGUUUGGAAUAAAGUCACAAGAGAAGAUCAUAGAUAUCCUUCUGUCAGCUACAAAGAGCUAUGGCCUGGGGGAAGAACUCGACAGUAUGAGCUGUAAGACAUGCAUCAUUGUGGGGAAUGGAGGAAUCCUUGCCAACCGAUCUCUGGGCCAGAGGAUUGAUGAGUUUGAUGUGGUGGUCAGGUUAAAUGAGGCCCCAGUGAAAGGCUUUGAGAAAGACGUUGGCUCCAAAACCACUAUGAGGAUCACUUAUCCAGAGGGAGCCAUCCAGAAGACAGAGCAUUAUGAGACUCAGUCGCUGUUCGUCCUCUCAGCCUUCAAAGCUCUGGACUUCCGGUGGCUGCGACACAUGGUCUUCAACCAGAGGCUGCACAGCACUGAUGGCUUCUGGAAGUCGGUGGCCAGGUACGUUCCACGGGAGCCCAAGGACAUGCGCAUCCUUAACCCCUAUUUCAUCCAGGAGGCCUCCUUCAAGCUGAUUGGCUUACCUCACAACAAUGGACAGAUGGGCAGAGGGAAUAUCCCAACAUUGGGGGCAGUUGCCAUAACUAUGGCCCUUCAUAACUGUGAUGAAGUAGCUGUGGCUGGAUUUGGCUACAACAUGAGCACCCCCCAUGCCCCUCUGCACUACUAUGAGAAGAUCAGGAUGUCAGCCAUCAGAGAGUCGUGGACUCACAACAUCUCUAAAGAGAAGGAGUUCCUGUUAAAGCUGGUGAAGGCGGGUGUUAUCCAGGACUGGACCAAUGGGAUCUGUGGUGCAGAAUGCUGAUGGUCUUCACAAAGCUUCAUGGCUCCUGCCUGCAGCACUACGCUCAUCUCCACCUGCUCCAGAACCCGACCGAAGUGAAGAGGGAAAACCAAGGCUCUGCGGGCCGGCUCCCCAGCAGAGAGCAGCAGCUGUUACACAUGGUGGUCAGUGCAGAGACACUGUCUGACCAGGACACACACUGCCCCACUGUUGCAUAUUGACAUAUUGCAAGCAAUUGGCCUCUGCAUUGUAUGGCAGUAUUUAGCUCUUUCUAGUCGCAGGUUAGUGCAUAUUCACAUGGGGAUUUGGUGCCCUGGCUCAGGGGUACAACUGCCCUGUUGGGGAUCAAACCAGCACCUGGACCAGACUGGCCACCUACUCAGAACUGCUGCAGGCUGACUGAGGAGAAGAUGAAGAUACUGGCUUUCAACAUUGAGCCUGUGCCAAGAAUACCUCUACAAGUGUCCUUCUGCUCACACAUCUGAAUGUAAUCUGCAUCAAAGUCUCUUGUUAUAUCUUCCAGUUUCUGUGUUAAACAGGGUGCACACUACAUGACACCUGACUCAGCCGUCCUGGAUCAGAAUCUGAAAUCUGAGGUAAAAACUUUCUGUCAGAGUAACACAGUGAUCACCAGAACAUGUUUUGUUGAGUAGGUCCGCGUCCAUACAAAAGCUAAAAAAGAGCUUGUUUACCAGCAGCAUGAACAUCAAACACACAGUCAAGCUUGCUACACUGAUUACACAGAUGUUAAAUAGCCACAUCUGGUUUGUUUUUGUGAGGCAGCAAGAUAUUCUGAUCACUCAAAGGCCUUUUCAUGUAAAGCGUAAUUUUUAGGGCUUAAGGAUUAAUUUGCAUGUUAUUUAAAAACAGAUCACUGAAUAUAUCACAAUACACAUACAAGGUGAAUUUUUGCUCUGCUGAAAUGCUGCAUUGAUUCCUUUUGCUCCAAGUUCAGUUGUCUUAGCCAAUCACAAUAAGGCACAUCACACAUGGUAUCAACUAUAUGGCAAUGUGGUGAUGGAUCACUUUAUUGAUUACAUUUCACCACAGUCAGUCCUCUUUAAUAAAGUCCAUCAAAAGUACAGUCAGAUAUCUGAAUUCCACAGCCAGUAAAUAGUCAAAUGAGAGCACAUUUUGUUAUAAAUGGAUGCUUACAAUCAUGAAGGUGCUCAGGUGCUACACUGGUUGACACCUAGUCUACAGGCAGUGGCAGCAAGUUUAACUAUUUACAGGAUUAAAAACUGGAGCAGCUGUUGGUUUGCCACAGCCGUAGUCUGUGUGUGUGGAAUUUAUGACCUCAGACUAGAUUCAUCUCAGGAGGUCAAGACUAAAUAGAUUUCUCAAAUGUGGAGCUCACAUCUCCAACAUUAUUGAAAUAACAGGGUGGAACUGUCUUAAGUUUGUGUCACAGUAGAUUUAAAUACUUGAAAUGCAACAAUUCCAAUGGCAGAAUUUUCGUGCUAUAUAUUCAUGAUGUGCUCUAUAAAAAAUGGACUUUAGAUUUACCCUCAAUAUCCACUGUAUGCAGCUGUGUCAUGUCACAGCGUUGUGGAUGCUGGAGACAAUCUGCUGCCUAUCUAGCCUGUGCGCCAGUGUCCACCAGAUGCAUGAACACGCUGUUUCUCUUGAGGCUUUUUUCCUCCUCUCUGCUGUCUUAUUGCCCCCGGUCUGUUUUUUGCCUGAGCAACUUGCAUCUUUGAAGCCUAAAGUUUUGGGGGGAAUGAAUUUAAAAUUUAAAGUAUUUAGAUUUUCCUUCUGCUAAUCUGCACUGUUCUGGAAAUACAUAUCCAAAAUAAAGAUCUGACAGCGUGCUAAGUACAGUCAUUAAAACAAGUAGGGAAACAAAGUAUGUUAUCACAUCGAUCAUAGAUGAGCUGCAUACGUGUAUUUAAAAUGCUUUAAAAACAAAAUGAAACAUCAAAAAACAACUAAAAAGUAUUGACAUGUGUCUGCUGAAGAACAAACUGCAUGAAGUUCCUUCCAGUGGAUAUUGGAACUGUGACAGAGACAUGAUGCCGUGACACAACCAGAAUGAGACAAGCCACAUGCUGUGAACAUGAGGGGGGCAUUUUUUAACGUGUGACCCAUGUGUUGUGUCAAACAGUCAGGUGUCAGUGUUGUCAGCCAGACAAGGAAUUACAGAAAAGACACAUGUUUCAAUGAAGCAGAACAGGUUUUUCCACAAUAGAACUUGACAUUAAUGGCUGACAUUUCUCUGCUAGGGCCAAACAUCCAGGCAGCAAUAAAACACUGCACUAACUGCUACUGACACACUAAACUCAGCCCGAACAUCUCAGCGCAGUGUGACAGGAAUAUCUUGAUUUUAUUUUAGCAUUAAAUCAUCUGUCUCUCUCCCUCCCUCACCUUAAAGUGUUGUCUGUCCAUUUGCUCAUGUCACUCAAAGAUGUUUCAGUUAUUUUGUUAAGUAUGUUGAGUAAUAGAGAGCAUAUAUACAACACUCUGAACAUCCUUCUAUCUUUCUGUCUUACAUAUGAAAUGAAUUGCUUGCAUGACUGAUUAGAAUCAUAUCAUACUGCCUUGUAUUAAAUCACAGCUGGCUCCUGUUCUUCAUACCUGGAUAAGAUAGCUUGAUUUGAUUGUU